ACCUUUUUUUUUUUUUUUUUUGUAUUCUCUUCAUUUCACCCUUUUUUUUCUCCUAUACCAACAUAUAUAGAUAUAUAUGUAUUUACAAGAUGGGAACUGGAAUAAUUGUACGGACAGGUUCCUAUUUACGAAGGUUAUUGCGAUAUAUUGGACCUGGGUUUAUGAUUGCAGUAGGAUAUCUUGAUCCUGGUAAUUGGUCAGUGGAUAUGGAAGGUGGUAGUCGUUUUGGAUAUACGUUACUUUUUGUGAUCUUGGUUUCCAAUGUGAUUGCCAUCUUUUUACAAAAUCUAGCGAUUCGACUGGGCACGGUUUCUGGCUUGGAUUUAGCAGCAGCUUCACGACAUCAUUUACCACGACCAUUGAAUCUCUUUCUCUAUGUGAUUUCUGAAAUUGGUAUCAUCAUGACAGAUCUUGCUGAAGUCAUUGGUAGUGCUAUUGCCUUGACUUUACUGUUCCCAUCCAUCUCGCUUCCUAUGGGUGUGGCCAUCACUGCAUUGGAUGUAUUGAUUAUUCUUCUGUUCUACAAGGAAGAUCAAGACGGACAACAUGAUAUGCGAUUUGUUCAUUAUUUUGAAUGGUUUGUUAUGGCUUUAGUGUCUGCAGUGGGGAUCUGCUUUAUCAUCGAACUUACAUUCUCGCCGGUCGUUAUGAGUGAUGUUAUGCGUGGAUUCUUACCUUCCUCGGAUAUCUUUUUGGACAAGGAUUGUUUGUAUGUAGCUAUUGGUAUCAUUGGUGCCACGGUUAUGCCUCAUAACUUGUUUUUACAUUCCUUCAUUGUACAAUCAAGAUGUUAUGAAUGGAGAUCUCAACGACCUUUGGAUGAUUCAGAAAUAGUCACCGAAUCAGCUUUAGCACCUACUCUUGAUUCCUCCACUUUACCUAAAAUGAAAGUAGAUGAUGAUGAUGAUGAAAAUGAUAGUACUAUGGUAAUGAUAGAUGAACGACACAACAAACGAACGAUAGAUCAAGUGCGACAAGAACUGGAGGAACAUGUAGGAAACAGUUUACAUUAUGGCUUGAUGGAUUUGGUGGUGGCACUUUGUUUUGCAUUCUUCAUCAAUGCCGCCAUUCUGAUUGUGGCAUCAGCAAAUUUCCAUCACGAAGACUCGGCGACAGUGAUGUCAGAUUUAUUUGAUGCGCAUGGAUUAUUACGACAAUACAUUGGACCGGUGGCAGCAUUUGUGUUUGCGAUUGCGUUAUUAUGUGCAGGACAAUCAAGUACAUUGACAGCAACUUUGGCUGGGCAA